CCUGCCGUGCGGAGCCUGUUCAGUUGAUCAUCACCGCUGCCUCUCGUCUCGUCGCUGCCUCUCGGAUCCGUUAAAGGAGAAAUGGCUGCAGCACUGUCCCGUGCCCUCAAAUUACCCGGGAAGAAGGGCUCGGAGCUGGGGGAGUACGACCCUCUGACCCAGGCCGACAGCGAGGACGAGAGCGAGGAGGAUGACCUCGUUCUCAACUACCCCCGAAACGGCCUCAGCAGGGACGGCUGCCUCGGCUUGGGCCCCUCGAAGCUGCGGGGCAGUAAAUCGGGAAGACUGGGGGGCGGCGAAGACGGGGCUCAGCAAGACGAAGAGGAGGAGGAAGAGGACGACGACGACGAGUGGAGAGAACGACUGCCGAGCAAAUCCAGGCCGGACAGAGACGACAUGAAAGGCAUGCAGUACUGGAGCCACAGAGACACGGGGAGGGACAGAUCAGGGGAGGACAGAGGGGGGUCCGGGACAUUAGGGGGUGCUGCGAUUGGGGUUCAUAGUACUGAGGCGGAGGAAAAGAGGAUGAGGAUGAAGACUGCGAUCCGAAGUGCGUUUUUCCUGGUGCCUUUGGUCUGCGCGGCGCUGCUCGUGCUGCUGUGUGCGUUCCUGAUCCCGUGUCGGAAGGGAGAUCUGGGGGAGAGGCCGCAGUGGGAGAGAGCGCUGGGGGACGCAGAAGGUGUAACUCCACCGGCGCUUGCGUUAUGGGAUGUUGACGGUGAUUCAGUGGCGGACGUGUUUCUGGGAGUAACUGAAUGGACCAACGACACCCAUCCAAAGCAAGGGAACACGAUCUUCAGUGCGGUGGCCCUGUCUGCGGUCACCGGUCAGGUGCUGUGGAGGAAGGUGAUGCGGGAGUGUGUGAUGUACAUCCAGUGUGGCCUGCGGUACAGCAGCCAGCCGUCCCCCGUGGUCCUCCUCAUCGGGAAGUCCAUUAUCAUGGCAGUCAACGGCACGACCGGGAAGAAGCUGUGGUCGGUCCUGCUGAAGAGCAUUGAAUCCCAGGCGAUUUUACUUCCAGACUUGCAGGGCGACUCCGUCCCAGACCUGCUCAUCGCCACCCUGCCUGCAGACCAGGCUCUGGAUCUGUCCCUGACGCUGAUCUCCGGGCUGUCGGGGGCGAAACUCGGACAUCCCGUGCCUUUCAACCUCACCGGACAAGGGAAGCUGAUUGGUCCUAUGCUGCAUGAGACGCAACAGGGGGCUUACUACAUCCUCUUUGGACUAGGUAACGUGGAGGCCAUUUCCCUGCGUGAUAUCUAUAUUCGAGCCACUGGGAAGAUGCCCCUCACUCAGGCCCUCAGCAGGAAGGAUCCAGGGUGGGAAGCACUCAAGAAAACCAACUCCUCAUCCUUCAUACACAUUUACAGAGGAUCUGAGCGUGUGGAUUUCCUGCUCCCUCUUGUGGCCGGUUUUGGGAACAGCCACAACAGCCUGGACUCGGUGUCCAACCUGAACUCCAGCCGGAGCGACUGGGCGCUGGUGUUCGGCUCCAGCAAACUGUCCGUGCUCAGGCAGAAGGACAUCAAGAAAGAAUGGACCUUCAACUCAGCUCCCAUUCAAAGCCAACCCACCCCGGGAUACUUCAACAGCGAUGGAGUCCUGGAUCUUUUCAUCACGCAUGCAACAAACGGCAUCAUGAUGGCGCUGGUGGUUGACGGGGCCAACGGGAAACUCCUCUGGUCGGCGGAGUUCGUGUGUCCUCAUCUAGUUUUGGAUAGUUCUGCCAUCUCCACCUCAACCGGCCAAUCAGCUUUCCUCUUCUGGGCCAGCGAUCCAAUCAAAGCUCUGAAGAAUGGUACCAAGACAACCGUGUCUCCAGGUGUUGCUGCAGCCGAGCCGCUCAUCAGAAAACUCUUCCUGUUGCAUCCUACAUAUCCCACAAUCCUGCUGGAGCUCACCAGCACCACUGACACCACUGUCACCUCCGCAGUGAGUUACCAGGAGCAGCAGAAGGACGCCUCCUACAUCACCGUUUCCUCCCGACCCACACCCGACUCGAAGCCCGGCGCGCGGAUAGUGAAGAGCAUGAGUCUCCGAGCUGCGAUCGCCAAAGGACAAAUUAUCAGACUGGAGGAGAGCAGCAAGCCCGGGAUCCACAAGUUCUUCAAGGGGUUGUCCUUCAAACGCCACUAAUGAACCACCGCUGCUUCCACGCCCUGCGUCACUGGAAGUGCUGCCUCUUGAGGAAAUCCCGUCACAUGGAAGAGACUCAAGUUUGUGGAAACGUCUGCAAUAAAGACACUGAGGAUUCAUCUGGAGCUGUACAUACAUCUGGUUUGGUUCACUGAGUAUGAAUUGAUUUGACGGUACCUUGAGAUUUCCUUUCUGUAUAAAGAUAAUAUGUGUUGGUACGUUGUUUGUAUUAUAACAUGUUUAAGUUAUUGGGAGGUCUUUAAUAUUUCACUGAAUGUUUCUACGAUUGUUUGGCUUCGGUUGUAAGAAGAGACACUCGGUAGAAGCACAAUAAUCCUGAAGGAAGAACGUGUGAAUGUGUUUACAGUUUUCAACACUCCUCAUAUCAUUCAGCUGGUCAUGCUUUUUGUUAUUAUGAAGCCCCUCAUGUUGUUCUGACUGCUCAUCACGUUGGCGUUAUAGGGAGACUGUAAAUACUCGAUGCUGUACAGUAUUUAUUGCGUUGCUUUGACAUUUUCCUUGUUUCAUUUGAUGCGUUGUUGGCAGUUUUUUAUGGUUAUAUAACUCAACCAUUUGUUUUUUUCCCCCUGAAUAUGUGCCUGCUAAAGGUUAUGGCAUUUCAAUGUAAUCUGCAACCCUCGCAUAUCGCAAGAGAAAGAAUGAAAAUCCAUUCUUACCGCUU